AUAAACAUCGGACUUUGCUUAGAUUCCGAGAACACUUGACUCAAUGUUGCGGUAUUUGCUGAUAAGCUCCCAGCACAACGACAGCUUUUAGCUUCAGUCCAGCAGCAGUUUCCGGAACACCGACAAUGAGCAGCAAACACAGUCCGGGUAGGGUUAAACUGGGGAUGAUAAAGGCGUUUCGAACUGAUGUUCGCUCUUCUCACCAAGGCAAGCCGAUCACCACGUCUGUGCCAGUGAUCCAUUAUCGAGCCAAUGACGACGAGCUAGAGGAGCUGUAUCCGAGCUCCUCGGACGAGGAGAAGCGCCUCACCCCGGAGUUCGACAAAGCGAAAAUUCCGCCGAGCCCUUCUAAAGGCAGCGACAAUGGCACAGAGAAUGAGUCGGGCAGACGAUCUGUCGAUGGCAACUUGUCGGAAGGCACUCCGCCAUCCUCGGAUCCGUGGAAGAUGCUGUCGGAGAUCAAGGGGAAGAUCACAAAGACGUUCGAGGAAAAGCUCUCCGAGAUUAAGAACGAAAAGAAGAAGAAACGACUCAACAACAAGGACAACUCCAGCAUCAGCGAUCCUGAAGAUCUCGGUGAUGUCACGCCGACCGACGAGAACGUCAAUGAGAAACAGGAGAAGGAACCGGGCGGAGGUCAUCGUAAGAGCAACGCCGCGAGAUUCGUGGGCUUCUCGCAGGUGAGAACUGGCUUGAAAACCAAAAACUCUCGAGACGACAGUGUGGAAAGUGGUGUGGAGGCUGCAGAGUUUGCCGAAGAUGUACCUGAGGCGUUACCCCUCGAGUCCCAGGAUGAUUUUAAUAGUGAAGACAAGAGGAGCAACGCAAGUCAUCUCUUCAGCCAGUCGGAUGGAUAUGUCCCGAUGCGACGAGAAGUGAAGUUCAGCGAGUUGCUCUCCCGCUUAAAGGAUCACGUACUACGGCAGCUGACGAAGCAACUGACCGCUCUGCUGUUUCUCGUGUUAGCUUUCUGCUACCUCAUUCCAUUGCCUGCGCAUUUGGUCGGCUUUUUCAUUGGAGUUUCCGCCACGCUGACGGUGUACAAGUUUGUACAGAGAAUCAAGGAAUUAUUAGCGACACCGUUGGAGAACGAGCCUGUGCACACGGUGAUGCCCGUGCUGGAAAUACCCGCGGCGGAAGAGCACGCGGUUCAAGAGAGAUACGAAGGAUGGUUGAACGAAUUGCCGUACACUUACGACCCCAACAACUAUCACGUGGCACGCACAAAGUCAGUCUUCUUCAGCCUGGAGGGUGGUAUGCUGCGUGUCAUGGAGACCAGGAUGAAAGUACCAAAGAGAACAGUAUGGGAUGAGCCUAAGAGGAAGUACAAGUUCACCAGAAAACGUGUGUACAAUCUCACUGGUGCGAAAGUCGAGCUGUUACCGGAUGGGCUCAUUCGAAGAAGGAGGUGGAGCAAGAAAUAUCCAAUUUGUAUUACGAUGGAUCGCGGAGCGCUGGUAGACAGCACGACGUUGAACGACUUGGCAAACGGAUCCGAAAAGGAGACUUUCGACGACGAGAAGAAGAUUCCGCAGGUGGAAGGAGUCAACGAAGAUGGCGAUGAAAGUACCUUGGGCGAGGAGACGAAGAGCGAGGAUGAAGAUUUCAGAUUGGAAGUUUUCAAGGACAACGAAGAAGAAGAGUUAAAGAUCGACGAAGACGAGGACGAAGACGAUCUUUCGCAAUCGAAAUCCCUCAGGAGUAUUUACGAGGAUUGUCGCGACGACGAAGAGAUUACCAAAUGCAAGCUGUACGUGUUUACGCGCGCCGAUCGAGAAAAGGAGGACUGGUUUCGAAGAUUGACAUUAGCAACAUCCGUUUCGAAGAAACGACACUCCGCCAGCUUUAUAAACGAUUCUACGACUUGUAUGAACGCAACUUCGGUGCAUUCGGAUGUGGCAGAGGCGAAAUUGCUCGAUGUGUCUCCCGAAGUCAGCUACAACACGUAUAUGAGCAAGUACCUGGACGUGGACCCCGAGGGUUCCCCGAGGGAACAGGACGUUCUUUGGGCGAACUGCCUUUUGGGACGGCUACUGUUCGACAUGCACAGCUGCCCAGACGCGAUCAACCUUAUUCAGGACAAAAUUCAACGCAAACUCUCCAAUAUAAAGCUUCCGUACUUUAUGGAAAGCCUCUUAGUGUCGGAAAUGGUGAUCGGACAAGAUGCUCCGAUGAUCCACAACGUCACUAAACCGACGCUCGACGAGCGUGGGCUCUGGCUCGAUUUGAACAUUACCUACAAGGGCUAUCUGACGAUGACCGUAGAAACGAAGCUGAAUCUGAUGAAGCUGACGCGUGCCAACAGCGUUUCCGGCGACGUUCUCGGCGAGAAAUCGGUCCCCACUAGGUCACCGAUGUUCGACAGCGACGUGGAGGAUAGCCCGGAGACGUCCACGGAAGAUGAAGACGUCGGGAAUAUCGCAUCUUGCGACAAGGACGGCACGCCGGCUACACAAUCCUCUGGCAAAAAAUUCCUCAGCAUGGUCGACAAAUUGACAGCCAACAAGUAUUUCCGUCACGCUACGGAGUUGUCUUACAUACGGAGAGCGAUGGAGGGUGUGUCCAACACGGAAAUUCGUCUCAUGGUCAGCGUAUCUGGUAUCGAGGGCUGCCUAUCGGUAAACAUCCCCCCGCCGCCGUCGGACCGAUUGUGGUACGGCUUCAAGACGGUGCCGAAGAUCGCUCUUACCGUGCAGCCAGCUCUGGGCGAGAGAGCCGUGAAUAUCAUGUACGUGACCAAAUGGAUCAAGACCAAGCUGCUCAGGGAAUUCGAGAAACUAGUUGUCCUGCCAAAUAUGGACGAUUUAGUCCUGCCACUCUGCCCAAAUUAUCCGUUUGUCGCGACGUAAAAGUGCAAGAUCGUCUUAUGUCGGCGAAAAGUGUCUCCUCGUUUAGAACUUAGACUUUUAGUUUUGUACUCUCCAUUUUUACUGACUUCGUGUAUCUUGUGAUUCUUUUCUGUGAUCACGUUUCUUAUACGAUCGUAUCGAUUGGGGAAAAAUUUUUUUAAUAUCUUUCUUUCUUAAUACAGCGAUUUAUCAGGACUUUUGUGCGAGAGAAACAGAGAAAAUGAAGAGACUUUCGAACCUCGUGGACGAGAAUGAUGUAGCUUUAGCUGUUUUUACACGAUUUUUUAAUGUUACCGUUAUUACGUUGUUCGUACACACCGCCGAGUGCGUUCAUCUUGUUACGUGUUACGCGGAUGUGUUGAAGAAGGAGAGCGAGAGAAAGAUUGUGAUAUCGUCCGUUAUAAGUUACAGUACGGAUAUUAUUUUUACAUUUGUAAAAAUUAACGGGAGAAAGGAGGAAAAGAUUAGACUCGCCACAAGUGAGCAUUGUUUUUAUUAGAAUAUUAUAAAAGAAAAUAUAGUAAACAAAAAGGAGAGAAAGAGAGAUAUAGAGAGAAACAUAGAAAGUGAUUUAAUCGACGUUAAGUGCAAAAAACUCGCAGAUUGUUUAAUUGUACAGUUGUAAAUAUUAGAAAAUCGAUUCGGUGCCAGCCGUCGCGUCGUUCUAGAAGGGGCAGAGAUAUGCGUCGACGUUUGUGUGACCGUUUAAUUAAUCAUUUAACCACGCGGCAGCUGAUGGAGAUGUAUUUUGCUAAUUUAUUGUUAAGAUACGGGUAUCGUAUGUGUGAAUGCCGUCGCAAUGAAAUCAAACAAUCGGCAAAUUGGCCAAGUCAGAUCGAUACAACUGUCGAACAGUCAAGAAUUACGUGUAUGAAAUGAAAUAAAAACAGCCACAAAGCGAUAGAACUCUCUUUUCGCACUUUAACAAUUGAUUUUGUGACCAGCAACGAACGGGCACGAGCGAAUGUUACAGUUGGCGGUUAAUAAAGCAUGUAGAAGAAAGAAAAAGAGAAAGAGAAAUGUAUGAUGCGGUGUACGCGCUGAUGCGUUUUAUGUUCGAAUAUAUAUAUCGCUGAUGAUAAAACGCAAUAACCGCUUGAAACUCAAGUCUCCAGCAGCCAAGACAUCGAUUUUGCGCGAACGAACCGUUAUACGAGAAUACGGAACCGUAUUACAUUAACCGCGCGCGGAUACAACGAUUAAAAAUAAUACGUAACUUUUUAUCUCUCCAUAGACUGUGCAGAUGGCUUUCUAACGGAUAUCGCAGCAGAGAGAUUCACUCACCGUCUCCAAUCGAAAUCGGAGAUCGCUCAGUGAAUGCCUUUGCUCGUUCAACGAUAUCAGGUUCGGUCUACGUUUAUCGUCAUAUCGCGAGCGAUCGUAACUUUCGUCGUAACAAUCCUCGGGAGCUAUCGUGGACCCAUCAUAAAAGUUUCAAAACUCUUACGAUCUGCAACUCUUAUGAUUUGCUCGACUUCGCAAUAGCCAAUUAGACGUUUCUAACGGCGUGUCAUCCCUGAAACGUCUGAUUCAAGGGGAGAUCUAUCUUUUUUUGCUACGACUGAUAUUACGAUGGAUGUAGACGGAUCUUUGGGCGGCAAGAAGGCGGGUGUGUGUAAGAGAACGUUCAUGAUUGUAUAAUCAUAUGUGUACGGAGUAUACGACUUGUAUGUAUUAACUGGCUGCUUGAUCUGUGGGCUGUGUCAUUUUGUUUGAUACAUAUAAAAAGAUACGUGUGAACGUUGUGUCUUUUUUGCGUGUCUCAGGGAGAUUCUAAUAUAGACGUAAAUCCUGGAGUCACAACGUGAUUUUGUUAGAUAAAAGCCGCAAUAUUCUUAAACGUAAGGGGAGUUUUUUAUUAUACGGGGCGUAUCGUAAGGGGAUUAUGUUGAAAGGGCCGAAAUUCAUGAGUUCAACAACAUUAUAUAUAAAGCUUAUUGCAAUAUAUAAAGCAAAUAUAUUUUGUAAAAACUUUUCAGACGAUGUUUUACGUUCAAGAUUUGGACCAUCGUCGAUCUCACGUUGUGGU